AUGUGCGAUGUGGUACUACUGUGUAGAGUUAGCGAUGGCAUGACUUUGGUCGAAACGAACAGCGAGUCCAAAAAUAUUGCACACAAAAUAGAGUUGAAAAAAUUAUGUAAGAGGCUACAGUCUUUUCCCAGUUUGUCUACCGUGACGUCCAAUCAGUUCAAUUACCACUUCCUCAUCGAAAAUGGAAUAGCCUACAUCGCAGUUUUCCCCGUUACCUACCCGAAGAAAUUAGCCUUCUUAUUUUUAAACGACAUUUGCAAGCAGUUCAAUGAAGAGCUGAUGAUCCAGUAUGGGACGCACUCGAUAGAUUACAGGUCCAUCAUAGAGACCAUCGAGAAGCCCUACUCCUUCAUCAAAUUCGACAGAAAAAUUUCAAAGAUCAAACAGGAGUACAAGGACCCUCGGUCCAACAUUGCUAUUAAAAAGCUUAACGAAAGCCUAAACGAAGUCAGCAGCAUAAUGAGGAAGAACAUAGACGAUAUCCUUCUGCGUGGAGAGAAUCUGGAAGAUGUCGGACGGAAAGCCUUUAACUUGAAGUACGAGUCGGAGAAGUUUAAAAAGGUCUCCAGAGUGCUCAGCCUAAGAUAUACCCUGUACCAAUACGGAAUCUUCGCCUUCGUAAUUUUCUUUUUUUUUUUAAUUAUAGUUUUUAAGAAUUAUUUUUAA